AUGCGUCCUCAAAUUCAAUCGGUAAUUAAAAAGUUCGCUUUACCAUCCUCAGGAUUAAUUGGAAUUGAAGACAUGUCAAACCCAGAUUUUGGAGAUGCAGUUGUAGCACAUCCUGGUGAUAUUCCAGUCUUCUGGGCUUGUGGAAUCACUGCAUCAGAAGCCAUUUGCAACUGCAAAUCUGCUCUGGCUUUCACCCAUGCUCCUGGCUGCAUGUUCAUUACUGACCUGCAGAGUGAGCAGGAGGUGGCCAGCGACUAUGCAGCUGAUGCAGAAACCCCACGUGUUUUCUGCAUUUCUCAGAAUCCACUCCACUACAGUAUUGUCUCAGUUACUGCUGUUGAAAAAUUCAAGGCCCUGGACAGUCUGAUUCAGCAAGAUCCAGGCAACCGAGGAAUCAAGCAUUUGUUAAUUGAAAACCAGCUGCUGAAAGCCUGCCUCUCUCUGUCAAAUGCAAAAUCUGUGCUCAUAACCACUGGAUUUCCAACCCACUUCAAUAACCAGCCUCCAGAAGAGACAGAUGGUCCUCCAGGAGCUAUUGCUAUAGCAGCCAUGUUGCAAGCCCAGAAGAAAACUGUUGUCAUAGUAACAGAUCAAAGAGCCUUGGAGAUGAACAAAAAGAUUAUUGAAGAAGCUGUUGAGCAAGGAAGGUUAAAAACUCCUAUCCCUGUUAUUAGCUUCCAGGAUAAUGGCAAGGAUUCAGCCCUCAUGUUCCUUUGUCAUGAUGGCAAUCCCCAGUCUCCAAGGUUCGAUCAUCUCAUAGCAAUAGAACGAGCUGGAAUGGCUGCAGAUGGCAAUUACUAUAAUGCACGGAAAGUAAACAUUAAACACUUGGUGGAUCCUAUUGACAAGCUUUUCAUAGCAGCACAGGACAUCCCUGGAAUUGCCACAACAGGCAUUGGAGAUGGAGGGAAUGAACUCGGAAUGGGAAAGGUGAAAGAGGCUGUGAAAAAAUACAUUAACAAUGGGGAUCUCAUAGCUUGUGAUGUUGAAGCAGAUUUUACAGUUAUUGCAGGUGAGUUUUAUUCAGUUUUGCAGCAGUUCAGAUUUUUCAGCAGCGGAAGGAGAGGCGACAGCGAGGACCAG